AUGGAUAUGUCUGCAUCAAGCUCUGAUACCAACGAAUGUUCAAUAUGCCUGUCUGACAUAAAACCACAAACGAAGUCAGUUAUAUCGAAAUGCCUUCACGAGUUUUGCUUCUCAUGCAUUAGAAAGUGGUCUGAGGGGAAUGCAAUUUGUCCUCUGUGUUUGCAAAACUUCACAGAGAUCCUACACAACAUCAGGUCGGAUAAUGACUACGAUACUUACGAAGUAACAAGACCCGCCCUCACAGAGCAAGGAAGUGAUCAUGAUAAAUUUUUCUUUCCAAUGGCCUUAAUCUGCUUGCCCAACAGUCCGCAAAUGAUUGCGUUUAGCUUCAUUUCCUCUUCUGAAAUGGAAGAUGCAUCUGAUGAUGUGUUGCCAGACCCUACGGCUGUCACUCUCCAAAGACAAAACUACGACACACCCGAUGCAACAAGACCCGCUUGUGCUGCAAGGAGAUUAUUUAACAGAAGAGAACGUGGAGAAACUUCAGUAAACUUAGAUGGACCGCCAGUGAACUAUUCAACAUCCAACAUUUCAACAUUAUCCUAUAAUCCAACUUUGAACGGAAGAACAAUCAACAAUUCAAUGUGCAUCAAUACAACAUUAAUUAAUCCAACAUCCAACAGUUUGACAAUCAAUAAUUCAACAUACAACAGUCUAAUAUCAGAUAAUUCAGCAUCCAUCAAUUCAACAUCCAACAAUGCAAUAAUCAACAAUUUAACACACAACAAUCAAAGACUUUAUAUUUCAACAUCCAACAAUCAAACAUUCAAUAAUCCAACACACAACAAUCCAACUUUCAAUAAUUCACCAUUAAACAAUCUAACUUUCUAUAAUUCAACAUACAACAAUCCAACAUUCAACAAUUCAACAUUCAAUAAUUUAGCAUACAACAUUUCAACAUUUGAUAAUUCAACAUCCAACAAUCCAACAUUCAAUAAUUCAACAUCUAACAAUCAAACAUUCAAUAAUUUAACAUACAACAAUUUAACAUUUAAUAAUUCACUACCCAACAAUUCAACAUACAAUAAUCCAACAUCCAUCAAUAAUUCAACAUACAAAAAUCCAACAUUCAACAUUUCAACAUCCAACAAUCCAACUUGCAAUAAUUCACCAUUGAACAAUACAACUUUCGAUAAUUCAACAUACAACAAUCCAACAUCAAAUAAUUCAAUAUACGACAAUUCAACAUUCAAUAAUUUAGCAUACAACAUUUUAACAUUAAAUAAUUCAACAUUCAACAAUUCAACAUCUAACAAUCAAACUUUCAAUAAUUCAAUAUACAACAAUUCAACAUUCAAUAAUUUAGCAUACAACAUUUUAACAUUAAAUAAUUCAACAUUCAACAAUCUAACAUUCAAUAAUUCAACAUCUAACAAUCAAACUUUCAAUAAUUCCACAUACAACAAUCCAACAUCUAACAAUCAAACAAUCCAUAAUUUAACAUUCAACAAUUCAACAUUUAAUAAUUCACUAUCCAACAAUUCAACAUACAAUAAUCCAACAUCCAUCAAUCCAAUACUUGAUAAUUCAACAAACAAAAAUCCAACAUUCAACAUUUCAACAUACAACAAUCCAACAUCCAAUAAUCCAACUUUCAAUAAUUCACCAUUGAACAAUCCAACUUUCUAUAAUUCAACAUACAACAAUCCAACAUCAAAUAAUUCAAUAUACAACAAUUCAACAUUCAAUAAUUCAGCAUACAACAUUUUAACAUUAAAUAAUUCAACAUCCAACAAUCCAACAUUUAUUAAUUCAACAUCUAACAAUCAAACAUUCAAUAAUUCAACAUGUAACAAUCAAACACAGGCCAGCAAACCAAUCUAG